CAUUGUAUGUGUCUCGUCAGUGCCGCCUCGGUUCAAGAGCAGAGUGUUACGUCGCCGUCGGCAGCCACCACACACUAUCGGACGACACGCGAAUUAACCUAAUCAAAGCUCGUCAGUGUCUUCCCUUUUCCGAUUCUUUCUGGAGUAAUUGUACACAUAGUUUUGCCAUCACCGCGUGCAACUUCAACAUGGUUCUCAAGCUUGCUCAGUUUGCCGGCCGUGCGAUCGGUACCCGCGCGCACUACUCCACCUCGGGCAAGCGGCACGACGUGGUGAUUGUGGCCGCCACCCGCACCCCAAUUGGAAGCUUCCAGAGCAGCCUGUCGUCGCUUUCCGCCACCCAGCUCGGUGCGGUCGCGGUCGAGUCGGCGGUGAAGCAGGCGGGCAUCGGCAAGGAGGACGUGCAGGAAGUGUACAUCGGCAACGUGUGUGCGGCGGGGCUGGGGCAGGCACCGGCCCGCCAGGCCGUCAUCUUUGCCGGGCUGCCCAAGUCCACCAUCUGCACCACGGUCAACAAGGUGUGCUCUUCCGGCAUGAAGAGCGUGAUGCUCGGCGCGCAAACGCUGAUGCUCGGCCAGCAGGACGUGAUCGUGGCCGGCGGCAUGGAGUCGAUGUCAAACGUGCCGUACUACCUGAAGCGGGGCAGCACACCGUACGGGGGCGUGAGCCUGAUCGAUGGCAUCGUGUUCGACGGGCUGACGGACGUGUACAACAAGUUCCACAUGGGCAACUGUGCGGAAAACACGGCCAAGCAGAUGGGCAUCACGCGCAAGGACCAGGAUGAGUUCGCCGUCCGCAGCUACCAGCGCAGUGCGGCGGCCUGGGCGGCCAAAGCGUUCGAGGCGGAAAUUACGCCCGUGCGCAUCGCGGGCAAGCGCGGCAAGCCGGAUGUGGUCGUGAGCGAGGACGAGGAGUACCGGCGGGUGAACUUUGACAAGUUCGGGCAGCUGGCGACCGUGUUCCAGCGGGAAAACGGCACCGUCACGGCGGGCAAUGCAUCCACGCUGAAUGACGGCGCGUCGGCGGUGGUGCUGAUGACGGCCGAGGCGGCCGAACGGUUCAAGUGCAAACCACUGGCCCGGAUCGUGGGCUUUGCCGAUGCCGAGACGGACCCGAUCGACUUCCCGAUCGCACCGGCGCUGGCCGUACCGAAGCUGCUGCAGCAGACGGGCGUCCGGAAGGAGGACGUGGCGAUGUGGGAAAUCAACGAAGCGUUCUCGCUGGUGGUCGUCGCGAACCAGCGCAAGCUGGACGUCGAUCCGGAGAAGGUGAACGUGCACGGUGGGGCCGUCUCGCUCGGGCACCCGAUCGGCAUGUCCGGCGCGCGGCUGGUGACCCAUCUGACGCACGCCCUCAAGCCGGGCCAGGUUGGCUGCGCCUCGAUCUGCAACGGUGGCGGUGGCGCCUCGUCGAUCCUGAUCGAAAAACUGUAAGCAACAAACGGGGGUGGGAUGACCCACUUUACCCGCUUUACAAAUUACCUCGGAACGUGUGUGUGAGUGUGUUGGUGUGUGGAAGAGAAGUGCCCUCAUUUCCCAUGAUCGGUAAAGGGGAAAAGGGGGCGAGAAAUUAAAGUGCAUUUAUUAGAAUAGUACGGUCCCCGUAACACCGGUCUCGACCAGAGGCCGAAGAUGUGUGCAGGCAAUAUAUUUUUCUAUGCUACAAGCUGGUUUUAAAAUUCAAUAAAAUUGAAAUGCAUUUUUC